GCCACAGAAUCACACAAGAAAAUAAAAUAUCAGAGAGACAACGAGAGAAUCAUCAGAAGAAAGAAGAAAGAAGAAAGUUUCUUCUACCCAAGAUUACAUCAAUCGACGCUAACUCCUCCUCGAUUAUCUUCUUCUUCUUCUUCAUUCACUGUCACUUCCUUAUCCGAAAUUGUGUAAAGCUUCGAUUUUUUUCUUUCUCAAUGGGUUUUCUUGAGUCCCGAUUGAAAUUGUAAUCUGGGUUUUCGUGUUCCGAUCAAACCCAAGAAGAAAGGUUUAAACUUUCGCUCUAAAACCCACAUGGGAUUGGCACUGAAUAGUAGAAGAAGAAGAAGAAGAACAGUGAUACCAGUCAUCGAGUGUUCGCUACGACUAUGUCCAUAACCCAAUCUUCAGCAUCGCUUUUCACCACCGCCACCGAGGAGAAAGAAGGAGCCUUUAGCGCCCGUUACUCGCUAUGGAUCAAAGAAGCUUUAGACGAGCUUCCCCACAGCUUCACAAUCACCGACCCGUUUAUCUCGGGUCACCCGAUCGUUUUCGCCAGCCCCGGGUUUCUCAAAAUGACCGGGUACUCGCGAGAGGAGGUCAUCGGGAGAAACGGGAGGGCCUUUCAGGGUCCCAAGACAAAUCGGAGAUCGAUCAUGGAGAUUCGCGAGGCGAUUCGUGAGGAGAGACCCGUUCAAGUGAGCAUCUUGAAUUACCGAAAAUCCGGAUCGCCGUUUUGGAUGUUGUUCCAUAUGAUUCCUGUUUUCGGGAAUGACGACGGGAGAGUGAUCCAUUUCGUCGCGGUUCAGGUCCCAAUCUCGGGACGGAAGAUGAGAAACGGGUCGGGUUGUUCAGAAAUGGUGUUUGGUUCUUGUCGGAGAGAGGUUUGUUUAGGUAGUUACGUGCAUCAGGAACGAGCGUUGCCAGUGGAGUGCGAUGAACAAGAGUUAGAGAACUGGGAACACUGUGAGGCGAGCGAGUCCGAGAAGCUUAAAUCUGUUGAAGCAGUUGGCAAUGUAUUAUCUGUUUUGACGCGUUACAGCGAGUUCGCUGGCAGAUUAGUUUGUGGGAAGCGGAGCUGUUUGCGUGUUGCAGAUUGCUUAAGCUCGUCGUUAGUUAUAUCUCUUGGUAGAAUCAAACAAAGUUUCGUAUUAACCAACCCAUGCUUACCGGAUAUGCCUGUCGUUUAUGCUAGUGAUGCCUUUUUGACAUUGACUGGUUACAAGAGACAUGAAGUGUUGGGACAAAACUGUAGAUUUCUGAGUGGGGUUGAUACUGAUUCCUCAGUACUCUACGAGAUGAAGGAAUGCAUCCUAAAGGGGAAACCAUGCACAGUGCAAAUACUAAAUUACAGUAACAGAAAAGAUAAGAGCACGUUCUGGAAUCUUCUUCACAUAUCGCCAGUUCGUAAUGCUUCAGGCAAGACAGCAUAUUUUGUAGGGGUUCAGAUGGAAGCAAGUUGCAAAGAUAUUGAAAGUAAAGAACUGAGACCGGAGACAAGGCAGCUGAGUGUGGUUGGUGCGGUUAGAGUUGCGGUGAGGAGCUCUUUCAUGGUGACUUGUUGAUAGUUAUUUCGCCACGAAGAAAAAUGUAUUUUAGAGAGAGGUAGAAACAAUAUGAAGUGAAUUUAACGCAACAUCUCUAUAAUAAAGUAUAAAUUAUUGUACAUGAACAUAAAGUCUUUAUUGAGACAGUUAAAACUUGUGGUCUUUUUUUA